GGGGCGGGAGCGGGAGCUCGCGGCGGAGCAGCAGCGGGGGUCGAGGCCCGUGCUCGCGAUCCGCCGCCCGCGCACCGCGCUCACCCUCGCCACCCUCGGCCUGCGGCGCAGCCCACGGCCCGCAGGAUGGAUGGAGCGUCCGGGGGUCUGGGCUCCGGGGACAACGCCCCGACCACCGAGGCUCUUUUCGUGGCCCUGGGCGCGGGCGUGACGGCGCUCAGCCACCCGCUGCUCUACGUGAAGCUGCUCAUCCAGGUGGGCCAUGAGCCGAUGCCCCCCACCCUGGGGACCAAUGUGCUGGGGAGGAAGGUCCUCUACCUGCCAAGCUUCUUCACCUAUGCCAAGUACAUUGUGCAAGUGGACGGGAAGAUAGGGCUGUUCCGAGGCCUGAGCCCCCGGCUGAUGUCCAACGCCCUCUCCACCGUGACCCGGGGCAGCAUGAAGAAGGUUUUCCCUCCCGAUGAGAUCGAGCAGGUUUCCAACAAGGAUGACAUGAAGACAUCUCUGAGGAAAGUCGUGAAGGAGACUUCCUAUGAGAUGAUGAUGCAGUGCGUGUCCCGCAUGCUGGCCCACCCCCUGCACGUCAUCUCAAUGCGCUGCAUGGUCCAAUUUGUGGGACGGGAGGCCAAGUACAGCGGCGUGCUGAGCUCCAUUGGGAAGAUUUUCAAAGAAGAGGGGCUGCUGGGAUUCUUCGUCGGCUUAAUCCCUCACCUCCUGGGCGAUGUGGUAUUCUUGUGGGGCUGUAACCUGCUGGCCCACUUCAUCAAUGCCUACCUGGUGGAUGACAGCGUGAGUGACACCCCAGGGGGGCUGGGAAACGACCAGAAUCCAGGUUCCCAGUUCAGCCAGGCCCUGGCCAUCCGGAGCUACACCAAGUUUGUGAUGGGGAUCGCAGUGAGCAUGCUGACCUACCCCUUCCUUCUGGUUGGCGACCUCAUGGCUGUGAACAACUGCGGGCUGCAGGCGGGGCUCCCCCCUUACUCCCCGGUGUUCAAGUCCUGGAUUCACUGCUGGAAGUACCUGAGCGUGCAGGGCCAACUCUUCCGUGGUUCCAGCCUCCUUUUCCGCCGAGUGUCAUCAGGAUCGUGCUUUGCCCUGGAGUAACCUGAAUCACCUAAAAUACACACGCUGUCAGCCUGGCCACCGUGGGUGAGGCCUGCUCAUCCCAGGACACCUGCAAGACAGCUCCAACCCAGCAACACCUAGACGUGCUCCAGCCCAGCGGGGCUUUGGCUUCCAUAUCUGCCAUGUGUCUGUCCAGACGUGGGGUUGGGCGGGGGUGGGGCUGCUCCAGUGGACUGGGUCACCUGUUAGACCUGGAGGAGGUGGGGUGGACUUGGGGGAUCAGGGAAGAACCCCCGACUUCCCAGGUUGGCUGAGUCUGCCUUGCACAAGGAGCCAGAGAAUGGCUUGUGGAGGUCCAGGCUGGAUGGAAGGGGACAGGCUCAUGGGGUCGGCGCCCACCCCUCACUCCGCGCGGCUCUCAUCCUACAGCCCGGCUGGGAACGGCACUCUCCCGCUUUGUACAUAGGGCGUGACCCCCUCACGAGGCCGCCAUCCUGUCAAGGCCUGUGUAGGACGCGAAUGCCAGGUUCUGGCCUCGUCUUUCUCCACACUACUUUUCUGAUCCGAGGCGGCGCCUUCGAGCAGGAAGCCAGUGGCUGCUCAGAUCACGUGCCCCUCCCUGACGCUCGUGUUUGGUGGUGACGCCCCCGUGCAGGGUCUGGUUGCCCGUGCAGUCGCAAAUGCUGAGUUAGGCAGAUCAGUGUCUUCGUCCUACCCAGUGUAAAAGUUCAUGGUAAGAUUUGACCCUGUCUCCCCAAAUAAAUGUACUGGUGGUGAUUUGGA